CAAUACUUAGACUUUUUAUAAACAAUUUCGUGAAUUUUAAAGCAUACUGCGUCACACGCAAUAUCCGUACAAAAGUAACGUACAAUAAGUGUACAAAUAGUCAAGUGUAUGCGAAAAUGAACGAAAAUAAUCUACCAACAAAAAGAGGUCCAGACAGAUGUUACUUAAGAGAUGAUUCCUUAAGUAUUCCAGAAUCAACAUUACGAUAUCGUUCAGCAGCAAAAAAAAGAACAGCUCAAGAGAUUGAAGAAAAAGAACUUCAUGAAGAAAAUUUAAAAGACAGUUUAUCAAAAAGAGAGAAGGAAAAUUUUGAUAAUGAUAAUAAGAGUAAUGUACAAAAUAGUGAUGAAUCGUGCUUGGAAGAAGAUAUAUUUUAUGAGUCAAAUGAAGAGGAAGUCAGCCAAGAUGAAACUGAGGAUUGUACUGAAUCUGAAGACGAAAGGUCCAUAUUUGAUGAUACUGAUGAAGAUGAUGGAUUUUAUCACGCUACUUCAUAUGAAGAUUCAGAAAAUAAUGAGAACGAAAUGAAAUUGGAAGAUGAGGGAUAAAUUUCAAAUACGAUUGUUUAGUAAGAAGCGAUAAUGUAAAACUUGCGGACAAUUGACCUACAUGGGUAGUUAUUUUUAUUU